UAGCACAUAGAAACUGUUUCGAUUCUAUGACUGACACUGUCGACUUCCAAUUCUUUUUAUCCUUGGGCCAUAGUCGAAUGAGCACAACGGUCGAACUAUGCCAGGCAGCAUGUCAAGUUCAUCGCCAGACGCUUCUCCAACCUCAGCAACGGGUGGCGGGAGGCACUUCUCCAUGAGCAGAGAUAAAUUUACCAUCGACAUCCCGUCACCACGUCUCCAGCUGGUCACGAACGGUGCUUUGAACACAAACAAUCAUGGGAGUCUGAAUUCUCCCAAUCCUCUGAAAUCACCUACCGCACGUCGCAUGCAAUCCUUCUCUCGAGAAGGCAUUCUGGGCUCAGCUCAAAAAGCAAGGAAUUUGUCUCAAUCUUCUGGGGAUCGAGAAUCCAUGAUCAAUGGACUCCAGAACAAGCAGAACAGCGAUGAUGGGAUCAAUCCUCUGAAGAGGCGUAGUACAGAUGUAGGCAUCGACUAUCCGAGGAGGAGAGCCACCAUUGCUUGUGAGAUAUGCCGUUCUCGUAAAUCGCGAUGUGAUGGUACGAAACCAAAAUGCAAGCUUUGCACCGAAUUAGGUGCUGAGUGUAUCUAUCGGGAACCUGGCAUCAAGCUGGACGCUGGAGACAAACUCAUCUUGGAGCACCUCACCCGAAUCGAAGGCCUACUGCAAUCCAACUUGGUAGGCCAGACCUCGAAUCUUGCUUUAUCUACUAGAUCGCCAUCGGUCAACGGUGCAACCACCAUCAGCAACGAUGAUGUUCUGAUGCAAAAUGGAAGCAACUUUGUGUCUAUGAUUCCGGCUACGGGUCUUGGCACUUGGAAUGCCCCCACUAACAUUUCUACGAUGCCUAAAGUCCACACUAAUGCUGCUCUGCACCUUCUCCAGUGGCCUCUGAUCAGAGAUCUCGUUUCACGACCUUACGAUCCUCAAAUUUUACUUCAGCUCGAGAUGGCACGAGAGCCUCUGGUACUGUCCAAGACUCCUUGUCUCGAUCUUUCCAACACUUCAGCAUACAUCGAGGCCUUUUUCGCGAAGGUCAACGUUUGGUAUGCUUGUGUCAAUCCUUUCAACUGGACUAGCCACUACCGCAUCGCACUUUCCAACGGAUUUCGUGAGGGCCCUGAAAGUUGCAUUGUACUGUUGGUUUUAGCAUUGGGUCAAGCCAGUUGCAGCGGCAGCAUCUCCAGACUCGCUCCCAACGAAAACCCUCUAGGGCUACCAUACUUUGCUGCAGCUUGGGCGCUUCUUCCUGGACUGAUGACUAGGAAUUCUGUGCUCUCUGCUCAAUGCACCGUUCUCGCAUCUGCAUACUUAUUUUACCUCGUUCGUCCACUUGAAGCAUGGACACUGCUGAGCAGUACGAGUACCAAGCUUCAGCUUCUCCUCAGUGCCCCUGGAAGAGUCCCAGCAGGCCAAAGAGAGCUCAACGAGAGAGUCUAUUGGAAUGCUCUGCUGUUCGAGAGUGAUCUGCUAGCUGAGAUGGACCUACCGCAUUCCGGGAUUGUUCAGUUCGAGGAAAUGGUUGGACUCCCUGGAGGAUUCGAGCCAGAAGAUGACGAAGGCGUGGGCAGAGACGAUCUGUGGUAUUUCCUAGCUGAGAUUGCACUCCGUCGCCUCCUCAAUCGUGUCAGCCAACUCAUCUACUCGAAAGAUUCCAUGUCCUCAACCCAGAGCCUCGAACCAGUCGUAGCAGAGCUCGACUUUCAGCUUGUUCAAUGGUACGAGAGUCUCCCUAUGGCUCUCCAGUUUCCGUUUGGUCGAACCACUCUUGCGGAUCCCGUGCAAACUGUGUUACGACUACGGUACUUCGCAUGCAGAACGAUCAUCUACAGGCCUUACAUCCUCGCAGUACUGGAUAACGAACAAGCAGCCAUGGAUCCUUCGGUCCGUGAGAAUUGUCGAAAGUGUCUCGAGGCUUCGAUAAGGCAACUCGAGCACAUCACUGCGCAUCAUGCUGGACACAUGCCUUAUCUCUGGCAGGGUGCUCUGUCGAUCGUAUCACAGACACUUCUUGUCAUGGGCGCGACAAUGUCACCAACUCUCAACAACAUUAUUAUCACUCUUGUUGCUCCAAUGGACAGCGUGGAUCGAAUCAUCAACGACGUCGUCAUGGAGAUUGAACGCUAUGCCCAUUUGGCACCUAGUCUCUCCCUCUCUGCUGAGAUAAUCAGAGAAGCUGAGAUGCGACGACGAAACUACCUGGGUGGUUGAGUUGAACCGACCGACCGGGAAGAGGCGCAGAGCUGAUCUCCCGUUGUACAAUCAGGUGCAUUACAGCCAUUGCGCCGAAGAAGAUGAGGGUGCGCCGAGAGGU